CGGUUAUGCAGCUGUGGUGAUGUCAUUUUGGCUAAACGUAUGGUACAUCGUAGUGAUCGCAUGGGCUUUGCUCUACUUGGGGAACUCAUUCACAUCUACGUUACCGUGGUCACAUUGUGAUAAUGACUUCAAUACCAUCAACUGCACUACAAACCAAUCACUGGCCGAUAACUACAGCACAGAUCCUACAACCGAAUUCUGGAAGUACUAUGUUUUAGAAGAGAGUGAUGGUAUCCAUCAAGCUGGAAAGGUUCGUUGGCAGCUUGCUAUAACCCUUUUAGCUGCUUGGAUUAUCUGUUACUUCUGCAUCUGGAAAGGGGUCAAGUGGACUGGAAAGGUAGUUUACUUCACUGCUCUUUACCCUUAUCUCAUGCUGAUUGUCCUGUUUUUCCGAGGAGUGACGUUAGAGGGCGCCAGAGAGGGCAUCGUUUACUACAUCAAACCAGAUUUCUCAAGGCUCACAGAUUCAGGGGUUUGGAUCGACGCAGCAACUCAAAUUUUCUUUUCUUAUGGAACUGGUAUUGGAAGUCUAAUUGCCUUAGGGAGCUACAACAAAUUCAGCAAUAACGUUUACAGAGAUUCAAUGGUGGUUGCGUGUGUUAACAGUGGUACCAGCUUCUUUGCAGGCUUUGUUGUUUUCUCCACGUUGGGACAUCUCGCCCAUGUACAAAAUAAAGACGUAGCUGAUGUAGCAACAAGCGGACCUGGUCUUACAUUCUUGGCCUAUCCAGCAGCCAUUGCUCAGCUCCCGUUCCCAUCAGUUUGGGCAGUUAUGUUCUUCUCUAUGAUCUUCAUGGUUGGUCUUGAUUCACAGUUCUGUACUAUGGAAGGUUUCUUCACAGCAUGCAUUGAUGAAUGGCCUCGAUAUCUUCGAAAGUAUAAAGAAAUCUUCAUAGCAGUCGUCUGUUUAGGAUCUUAUCUCAUUGGAAUCGGAUGUAUUACACAGGGUGGUAUCUAUGUGUUUGAGCUUCUGAAUACGUAUUCAUCCAGUGGUAUCAGCCUCCUCUUCCUGACAUUUUUCCAGACUAUAGGAGUCAGUUGGUUUUAUGGUGUGAAUAGAUUCUAUAAGAACAUUGAACAUAUGCUUGGAUAUCGGCCUAUGAUGUGGUGGAAACUUUGUUGGACCAUCUUUACACCGUUAAUCUGUGUGGGUGUAUUUCUCUUCAGCUUGGUAAAAUACAAAAGGGUUGAGUAUGAAGACUACACAUAUCCUGUAUGGGGUGAGGUGAUUGGUUGGUUAGUAGCUCUAAGCUCAAUGAUGUGUAUCCCAGUUUACAUGGUCUAUUUAUUCAUCGUCACCGAAGGAUCACUCAGAGAACGUUUUCAGAAGUGCAUCGCCCCUCGUUGGACGGAGCGGGAUUAUGAGAGGGGCAUAGCUGUACCUCAGCACCAGUACCCUUACCAGUCUUAUCCUCCUCCUUCCUAUGCUAAUGCUAUCGCUGGGGAAGGUAGACCUACUCAGGUUUAAACAGGUGGGACUACAGUCAUACAUCAUCAGUAGUCAACGUGAAGGCGGUUUGUGUAAGAUAAAACAAAUUGAUGUAUCUUCAAAUUAUCUUAUUGUAUAAAUGAUGUAAAAACUACAGGUUGUUGUAUUCCAUAGUUUUCUAUUCUAGAUGAGGCAAUCAACUGAAACAUGAAACAUGAAAGAGAGCUGACAAUUUGCUGAGGGGCGUGAACAACGUGUUAUAUCAGGGGAAUAGGAGGAGAACAUAAUCUAAAGACAGAAGAAUUUGACUACAACGUUCUGACCGUGAUAACAAAAACAUGCCGUUUAUACAGAUUCUCAAGGUUUAAAAGAAAGAGUUUUCUGUAUGUGAUAAUGUUGAGUUUUGCAUUAGUUGGGCUAGUACUGUAAUAAAUGAAAUGAUUCUUAAGUUGAGAGUAGUAGCGGUUUUUGCUUGAUUCGAUGGGAUACAAUGCAACAAAAAUCAAGGAAAGAAAAUAUCUUUGUAAUUUUUGUUUACACAUUUCAAAUAUCUAUAUGUAUCAAUACUAAAAGAAACUUUUGACCCCUUUUCAAUCUAUAAAUAACCAUAAUAUACUCAUGUUAUAAGUGCGCAAAAGUUAUAUUUUCCCUUCUCGUUUUAUCUGUUUGUAGGUUGACUAUAAAAAGUGAGUAAAUGCUUUUGAUCGUUGUUGUUGAGUAAAAAC